CUCCGCCGUCAUUCUGAGUUCACAGGUUCUCCGUUUUGCUGCCUCGCGAAUAGUUCUGGUAAAGUUUAUAAAAAAGGCAAGUGCCCUUGAAAUCAAGCGUCACAUAGCUGGAACCAAACAAAACGGAAGACGAGUUAAAAGAGCUAAGAAUCUGAAGUUUUUUGUGCCAGCAGAGUCAGGAUGGAGCAGCUGAUACCAGAGGAGGUUCUGACCAACGCUACUGUGAUUGAAAAUUUGGUGGCUGUGGCCAAAGAUGCAGCGCUGCAGCAUGGUGUACUUAUGAGGAUCCAAGAGGCUCCAAACUCAUCUGAGGUAAGAAGUAAUAACACAUUUACAAACAACUUUUUCCCCCUACCUGUGCCUGAAGCUCUGUAUAAUCAAGCACUGUCUCUGCAAAAGCAUUUCAACACCCUGGUGGACAGAAUCAGCCAGGACUCUGAAUUUCUAAAAGAAGCUCUCGCCAGCACGAUUGAAGUUGAUGAUUUCACUUCAAGGUUGUUCAAGAUCCACCAGCAGGUCUUAGAAGAAGGAAGGUCUUCAUCCAUUACCAUGGGUCUUAAUCGCUCUGACUACAUGAUGGAUCAGAGGGAUGACGGGCCUGUUCUAAAGCAAAUAGAAAUCAACACCAUAGCUGCCAGCUUUGGAGGCCUCAGCACACACACACCUGAGGUCCACAGAAAAACCCUUCACCUGGUGGGACGAUUCAAGGAGAGCCAGCGAAUCCUAGACAACAACGUAGCUGCUGGUCUGGCUGGAGGACUUGCGAAAGCCUGGGAGCUCUAUGGAUCAGAAAAAGCAGUCGUCAUGUUCUUGGUUGAAGACAAGCAAAGGAACAUCUUUGACCAGAGAUGUGUUGAAUAUGAGCUGUGGAAGAGAAAUGUUCCCACAACAAGAAAGAGGUUUGAUGUGGUUUAUAAAACAGGAUCCCUGGAUCAGGACAAGAAGCUUUUUGUUGACGGCCUAGAGGUGGCAGUGGUGUACUUCAGAAAUGGCUACAUGCCUGAUCAGUAUGUUUCUGAACAGAGUUGGGAAACUCGUCUUAUGAUGGAGCGCUCCAAGGCUGUCAAGUGUCCAGACAUCAGCACACACCUGACCGGAACCAAGAAGGUCCAGCAGGUCCUGGCAAAACCUGGAGUAGUUGAGAGGUUCUUCCCUGAGCAGCCUGAGGUAGCGCAGCAGAUCAGAGCCACGUUUGCUGGACUCUACACAUUAGACCAGGGUCCAGAGGGAGACAAGGCAGAAGCGAUGGCUUUGGCAGAGCCAGAACGUUUUGUCCUGAAGCCUCAGCGAGAAGGAGGAGGAGGGAACAACAUAUAUGGAAAAGACAUCGUGGAGGUGCUGCAGGGACUGAAGGGCAGCACAGGGAGGAUGGCUUAUAUCCUGAUGGAUAAGAUCCAGCCAGUGCCAUCCAAGAACUACCUGCUGAGGAGGGACAAUCCAGUCAAGAUGUCCAACUGUCUCAGUGAACUGGGAGUAUACGGAGCAUAUGUUAGACAUGGUAAAGACAUGGUGAUGAACCAGUGUGUGGGUCACCUGCUAAGGACCAAGAGCAAUGAAGACACUGAUGGAGGUGUAGCAGCUGGGGUUGCUGUCCUGGACAAUCCUGUACUAUUCUGAAGAUGUCCUCAGUUCCUGGACCGGGCUUUAUUCCUUGACACAAAUAAGACCAAAUGUAACUGUUUACUGGAAUUUUAAUUAAUCUCUUUAGUUGAAAUAAGAAACUUAACCAUUUAUGUAAUAACAAAAUCUCACUAGACAUUUUGUUAUUACAUAAAUGGUUAAUUAACAAUUAUUUUCCAAUAUAUUUUUUCAUUUUUCUUAUAGGGUUGUGGGAACAUUUUAUAAAUAUAAAUCAUUUAAUGAAUAAAGUUUUGAAUACAUACAGUAUAUACACUCAAUAAAAUGCAUUCAAGUGCUGCCUAAAAUGAA